UUUCGCGCCACCGCAAAUGAUUUAUUUCUCCAUAAUCAGUUAUAUAAACUAGUUUCGACUCCUGACAUCUGUGUGCACUCUGUGUUUGGGAGGUUUAUUGUUGUCGAUUGCACGGGACGAAGAAAGACCAGGACUCUGCUUGGACAUUCUCCUUCCACUGACUUCUCACCAGGACACUCGGAUCGCCUCUGAGGUAGAACGUCGAGGAGAAUCCAGUGGAGUCUGUCUUUCAUUCGCCCGGCAUGAGGCAGCAUGUGUUUACUCUCAAUUUAGCACAGAUUCUGUAGUUAAGUGACACGGCAUGAAAAAGGUUAUGAGCACCUGUAGAGCUUGGUGAUCCAGGAGUCUGAGACGAGCCAAUGAGAGGAUGGCCAGAGGUCACAUGAUCUGCAAAACCGCCAUCCAGCUGGUUCUGCCGAUGCUGCUGAGUGUGCUGCCGCUCACACACACUCAAAAUCCACCUCGUUUCAUACGGACACCCACUGAUCAAAUAGGCGUACAGGGCGGCGUGGCCUCCUUCGUGUGCCAGGCGACAGGAGACCCACAGCCCAAGAUCUCUUGGAGCAGGAAGGGCAAAAAAGUCACCAACCAGAGAUUUGAGGUGAUUGAGUUUGAAGACGGCUCUGGUUCAGUGUUACGUGUGCAGCCACUGCGGACCCCACGUGACGAGGCUAUAUAUGAGUGUGUGGCGUCUAACGAGGCCGGAGAGAUCAGCGCCUCCACCCGCCUCAUGGUGCUGCGCGAGGACCAGCUUCCUCCCGGCUUUCCGUCCAUAGACAUGGGUCCUCAGCUCAAGGUGGUGGAACGUUCUCGCACAGCCACCAUGCUGUGUGCAGCCAGCGGCACUCCUGACCCAGAGAUCACCUGGUUUAAAGACUUCCUCCCCAUCAACACACACACUCACGGACGCAUCAAACAGCUGCGAUCAGGUGCACUGCAGAUUGAUCGCAGUGAAGAAACUGAUCAAGGGAAAUACGAGUGCGUGGCUACGAAUAGCGAAGGGACUCGUUACUCAACACCCGCUAACCUCUACGUCAGAGUGCGCCGGAUCCCUCCACGCUUCUCUGUGCCACCCAUGGAUUACGAAGUCAUGCCUGGAGGAGGGGUGAACAUCACGUGCGUGGCGGUGGGCGUCCCCAUGCCGUACGUGAAGUGGAUGCUUGGAACAGAGGACCUGACCCCGGAGGAUGACAUGCCCAUCGGAAAGAACGUGCUGGAACUCACGGACGUGCGACAGUCAGCCAAUUACACCUGUGUGGCCAUGUCCACUCUGGGUGUUAUUGAAACCGUCUCACAGAUCACAGUCAAAGCCCUUCCAAAUCCUCCAGGAGCUCCGGUUGUCAUGGAGCGUUCAGCCACCAGCAUAACCCUGAUGUGGGACAGCGGGAACCCGCUUCCUGUUUCCUAUUAUGUCAUCCAGCACCGCCCCACUUCCUCCCACGACCCUUUUAAAGAGAUUGACGCCGUGGCGACAACACGGUACAGCGUCGGUGGCCUCAGCCCCUACUCGCACUAUCACUUCCGGGUCAUAGCGGUGAAUUCCAUCGGCCGCAGUCCUCCGAGUCCUACCGUUGAAGCUCGAACAGCAGAGCAAGCCCCGAGUUCUGCGCCGCGGAGAGUCAGAGGACGAAUGCUCAGCGUGUCCACGGCAAUGGUGCAGUGGGAGGAGCCAGAGGAGGCAAACGGACAGGUGGUCGGCUACCGGGUUUACUACACGUCCGAUCCUUCGCUGCAAGUCAACCAGUGGGAGAAAGAGAUCGUUCGUGGAGCAAAUUUCCUCACAAUACAGGAUCUAACACCAAACAAGACCUAUUACAUUAGAGUCCUGGCUUUUACUGCAGUGGGAGAUGGUCCUCUCUCCAGCGACCUGCACAUCAUUGCCAAAACCGGAGUUCCUUCUCAGCCCACGGAGCUGAAAGCAGAGGUGAAGUCAGAGACAAGCGUACUGCUUUCCUGGCUCCCUCCAGCUCACAGCGGCACAGACGCCAUCAUCGGAUACGAACUCAUAUACAGGCUCGGAGACCAGCCUGAGCAGAAGAUCCUGUUCGACCCCAGCGCCAGCUACGUGCUAAAGAAUCUGAAGCCCUUCUCCACCUACACCUUUCAGUUAGCAGCACGUAGUAAACACGGCGUGGGAGCCUUCACCAGCGAGCUCAGCAUACAGACUCCUCAAACCUUGUUUGCUGUGAACUUCCAUGUGAAAGCUGCUAUGAAGAGUUCAGUAUGGCUUGCCUGGGAGCCACGAACCUCACAGAACAAACCUUCGACUUUUAUUAUCUCAUACGGCGACGGUCGCAAACUGGAGGUAGACGGGCGUCUCGGUCUGCAGCGCGUCGCAGAGUUAAAGCCGCAGUCACUCUACGCGUUCCUCCUGAGUAAUAAAGCGGACGGCAGCGAGGGUCUACAGCACCGCUCCGACGCCAUGACCGCUCCGAACCUGCUACCUAGAAAACCUCAGCUAGUGGAGAAGAGCAGCUCCGAGAGCACGGCGACGCUGCAGCUGCCCUCCGUGCACACACACACCCCUGUCAGGGGUUUCUACAUCAUUGUCGUCCCACUGAAGAGGCAGAGAGGAGGAAACUUCCAGAAUCCUUGGAGUGAACCGGAUGAAAUGAACCUAGAUGAGCUCCUAAGGACGAUCAACGGGACGAGCCGAUCGGUACGUUUACGGAGGCAGGCAGAGCCGAAACCAUACAUCAGCGCUUACUUCCAGAGUCUUCCGUCCGAGUUUAAGCUGGGAGACGGACGCGUGUACGGAGUGUUUCUGAACCGACAGCUUCUCAAUGGGCAGGAAUAUGUCUGCUUUGUGCUGGCCAUUUUAGAGCUUGGACAGAAUACCGUGUACUCAACCAGCCCAUUUUCGGACCCCGUGGUAUUCACGGACAUGGAGCCUCAGCCUAUCGUGGAUGAGGAGGAGGGGCUACUUUGGGUUGUGGGGCCCGUACUGGCUGUCAUCUUCAUCAUCAGCAUAGUCAUCCUCAUCCUGCUGUUUAAGAGCAAACCAGACAGGAAGCGGGCAGAAUUAGAGGGCAGAAAGUGCAGCUUCCCAAGUAGCGGCAAAGCGAUGAGCUCCCAGCAUCCAUCAGACCCCGUGGAGCUCCGCAGGAUCAACUUCCCAACACCCGGUAUGACCGAUCAUCCUCCGGUUUCUAUCUCAGAGCUGCCCAGUUACAUAGAGAGGAAAAAAGCCAACGAGAGCCUGAAGUUCUCUCAGGAAUACGAGUCUAUUGACCCUGGGCAGCAGUUCUCUUGGGAGCACUCAAACCUGGACAUUAAUAAACCAAAGAACCGUUAUGCAAAUGUCAUCGCCUACGAUCACACCAGAGUGGUGCUGUCUAACAGUGAUGGUCAGCCAGGCGGCGACUACAUCAAUGCCAAUUUUAUAGAUGGGUAUCGGAGACAAGGUGCCUAUGUGGCCUCACAGGGGCCCAUGCCAGAUACCAUCAGUGACUUCUGGAGGAUGGUGUGGGAGCAGCACACGGCUAACAUCAUCAUGAUCACCAAACUGGAGGAGAAAUCAAGGAUGCCUUCAUAUUUCUACUCCAAGAAUAAGUGUGAUCAGUACUGGCCAAGUCGAGGCACAGAGACGUACGGACUCAUGCAGGUCUCCGUGUUAGACACCGUAGAGCUUGCAGCUUACUGCGUCAGGACCUUCGCGCUCUUUAAGCGUGGCAGCAGCGAGAAGCGGGAGGUCCGUCAGUUCCAGUUCACAGCAUGGCCAGAUCACGGUGUUCCUGAACACCCCACUCCGUUUUUGGCCUUCCUGCGAAGAGUCAAAGCCUGUAAUCCUCCAGACGCCGGGCCAAUCGUAGUGCACUGCAGCGCGGGUGUGGGACGUACCGGCUGCUUCAUCGUGAUCGACGCCAUGCUGGAGCGUGUGAAGCAGGAGAAGACCGUCGACGUGUACGGUCACGUGACGCUGAUGCGCUCUCAGAGGAACUACAUGGUGCAGACGGUAGAGCAGUACGUGUUCAUAUACGACGCACUGCUGGAGGCCGUCACCUGCGGCAACACCGAGGUGCCUGCACGCAACCUCUACGCUUACAUCCAGAGACUGAAACAGGCCGAGCCGCCCGACAACAUCAGCGCCAUGGAGCACGAGUUUAAAAGGUUAGCCAACGCCAGGGCGCACAACUCCCGCUUUGUGAGCGCCAACCUGCCCUGUAACAAGUUUAAAAACAGGCUGGUGAACAUCAUGCCGUACGAGAGCACACGUGUGGGCCUGCAGCUGAUCCGAGGAGUGGAGGGCUCGGACUACGUCAACGCCAGCUUUAUAGACGGUUAUAGGCAACAGAGGGCGUAUAUCGCCACACAGGGUCCUCUGGCUGAGACAGCCGAAGAUUACUGGAGAAUGUUGUGGGAACACAACUCAACUAUUGUAGUGAUGCUCACUAAACUUAGAGAGAUGGGAAGGGAGAAGUGCCACCAGUACUGGCCAUCAGAGAGAUCAGCACGCUAUCAGUACUUUGUGGUGGACCCCAUGGCUGAGUACAACAUGCCACAGUACAUCCUACGAGAAUUUAAAGUGACCGAUGCCAGGGACGGCCAGUCCCGCACUAUUCGCCAGUUCCAGUUCACCGAUUGGCCGGAACAGGGCGUGCCAAAGUCUGGUGAAGGCUUCAUAGAUUUUAUUGGCCAAGUACACAAGACAAAAGAGCAGUUCGGUCAAGACGGACCAAUCACAGUACAUUGCAGUGCUGGGGUUGGGAGGACAGGUGUCUUUAUCACUUUGAGCAUCGUAUUGGAGAGGAUGCGUUAUGAAGGAGUGGUCGACAUCUUCCAAACCGUCAAAAUGCUGCGAACUCAGAGACCAGCCAUGGUGCAGACAGAGGAACAAUACCAGUUUUGCUACCAUGCAGCACUGGAGUACUUGGGCAGUUUCGAUCACUAUGCAACAUAAAGCGUCUCUGGUUUCUCUCACUUUCUCUGGACCAGCAGGACAUUUCCUCUGAUUUCUGUGUCUCCCAGCGCAGCUGUCUUUACACUGUCUGUACAGAGCGUGCUGUUGAGCCGCCUGUUCUUGGCUCCGGAAACGUAAGCUAGCACUGAAUUGAUUCAAAAGGUCACGUUUAGUUCUGUUCAAUUCAGGGCUAUCUUAAGAUCAUCUGAAAAUAAUCAGAACAUUAAAUCCAGCACCUGGGAGACGAGCAGUCCAACGUUUCAUUUGGAUUGUGUUUUAGAUUAAACUGUACCACUGAUUAGUUACCGACACACACACACACACACACACACAGGUAGAGUGGACCACUAGCAAUCAUGACUUUUCUCAAAAUGGCUGUGCAAUACUGAAUAUGACUGCACUUUGGAUUUAACUUGAAAGCACACACAAAAAUCCACCGUAAUUUUAUGGCCUGUUAAAUUAAGUAUUUAAAAAAACACACACAAAAAAAAAAAACGGUAUGCCAACAGUAUUCAUAUAUGUUUGUGAUGGUCUGGGAAAAAUCUGUCAGAUGCGAUCGCUGGAUUCUGGAAACCCUUCAGUUUUUGUCUUCUGAAUUUGACAUCACGUUUCCCUGCAAAACACAGCGGUGAACUCAGUCAGCCGGAAAUCCUAAAACCCUUCUAGAUAAAAGUGAUUUCCUCACAAGAUGUGAACAUCACGUGCGUGUCAAUCAAGUCAUAACAAAAUGGCUGUGUGUUUUAUUCCUCUUAUACCACAGUUUUGCGAAUACUAACAAUCGGAUUUAUUUAUUUAUUUAUUUUAUUUUUUUAAACGAACCCAUCGUACUUUAUAUCCGUUAAUGACAUUUAAUGUGUUUUUUGUUUUUCGAUGUAAUUAACAUAUUAGGUGUUCAUUUGUAAAGAACAAUAGUUUAUGCUUUAACAUUCACUAAUGCCGCUCUCUUCUCUCUCUCUCUCUCUUUGUAAUUCUCUCUCUCCUCUCUCUCUCUCUCUCUUUGUAAUUCUCUCUCUCUCUCUCUCUCUCUCUCUCUCUCUCUCUCUCUCUCUUUGUAAUUCUCUCUC